UCUUUCAAAAUUAAUUUUUAAAAAAGUUAAUUUAAUUACUAUUAAUUUUUAUAAUUUCACUAAUUUUUUUAUUAGAUUCUUAUAAUUUAAAAAUCUAUAAUUAAAUCUUUAUACUAGAUAAAAAUUUAUAAUUAGAUCUUUAUUGAUUGUUUAUUUUUAAGAAAAAAUAAUAAUUUUAGAAUAUUCUAUCAUUCAUUGUACAAACAAAAUUUAUCUAACCUUGUUUGAGUACACAUAGGUUGUUGACGAAAAAGGAGUGAAGAGAUGGAAAAAAGUUGAGGUAAAAUUUGAGGAACAUGUAAUUGAGCCAAAGUUUAGUGAUGCCAUGUCAAUGGAGAAGCAAUAUGGUGAGUAUUUAUCAGGCAUAGCAAUGGAGAAGUUUCCAAAAAACAAGCCAUUAUGGGAAGCUCAUAUAAUCAAAUACCCAACAAAAAAUGCUGCCGGAACCCUAAUCUUCAAAUUCCACCAUGCAAUUGGAGAUGGUUACACUAUCAUGGGCCUCCUUCUUUCUUCCCUUCAAAGACAUGAUGAUCCUUCACUCCCAUUAUUAUUUCCAUCAAAGUCAUCAUCAUCGUCUAAUAAUAGUAACAAAUUGUUCUUACUUAAGAUAUUGCCUAAGCUUUUCUCUAUCACUUUCAAUUCCAUUGUUGAUUUUGGAUGGAGUGUGAUGAAAAGCACUUUUUUGGAAGAUGAUGAGACACCAAUAAGGUCUAAUGUUGAAGGAGUGGAGUUUCUACCAAUUACCAUAUCACAUAUCUCAUUUUCCAUUCAUCAUAUCAAAGAGAUUAAAUCUAAACUUGGAGUGACUAUAAAUGAUGUGAUUACUGGAAUAAUCUUCUACGGGAUUCGAUUAUACAUGCAAGAUAUGGAUUAUAAAUCAGGAAAAAUGAAAUCAACAGCAAUGGCAAUAGUGAACACAAGGAAUGUUAAAGAUUAUCACACAGUGCAAGAUAUGCUAAAGACUAAUGCAAAGGGUGUUUGGGGAAACCAUAUUUCUUAUAUGCAUGUUUCAGUGCCAACAUUACAAGACUAUCCAAUUUCAAACCCACUCCAAUUUGUUAAGAAAGCACACAAUUCUAUCAAGAGGAAGAAGAAUUCUUUUGCUACUAUUCUAACCGAAAAGCUUCUUCGGAUGGAACAUAAGUUAAAAGGCUCAGAGGAAGUGUCUAAAAAUAUACAUAGGACACUAAGAAAUUCAAGCUUAUUGAUUUCCAACAUGGUUGGACCAAUGGAGCAAAUGGCUUUGGCUAAUCAUCCCAUAAAGGAUCUCUUCUUUACACUCUGUGGUUUGCCUCAGAGUCUUGUAGUGACAAUUUUGAGCUAUAUGGGGAUGUUAAGAGUGACACUUGCAACAGAAGAAGGGUUCAUAGAUGAGCGAAAACUUGUUUGGAACCUCAACAAAGCCUUUGAGGAAAUACUUCAUGAAGCAGAAAAUGUGUAGUAUUCCUAUAAGAAGCACCAAGCCUUAAUUAGAGAGACUCAAUAAUCAAUUAAUCACACACACAUGUGUCUGUGUGUGUGAUGCUAUAUAUAUGAUUAUUCACAAAGAGAUUUUCUAUGUGUCAAAGUACUUUAAGGAAAGAAUAAAAAGGAUACCUAGGU